GCGACACGCGCGGGGCCGGCGGAGCCACCGCGGCCAUGGACGGACACACGGACAGCUCGUGGCUGGGAGCCCCCCUGGAGCAGUUGCCCACCCCGGCGCUGACCCUGGACCUGGCCACGCUGCGCGGGAACGCCGAGAGGAUGCGGGAGCGCUGCCGGGCGCUGGGGCUGCGCCUGCGCCCCCACGUCAAAACCCACAAAACCCUGGAAGGGGCGGCGCUGGCCACGGGCGGGACCCGCCGGGGCAUCGUGGUGUCCACGCUGGCCGAGGCUCGUUUCUUCGCGGCCGGGGGCUUCGAUGACAUCCUGUACGCCUUCCCGGUGCCCCGCUGGCGUCUGGCCGAGUGCUCGGAGCUGGCCCAGCGCCUCCAGCAAUUCCAGGUGCUCGUGGACAGCCCCCAGGGGCUGGAGCUGCUGCUGCAGAACCCCCUUCCCGCUGGGAAGCGCUGGCUCGUCUGGCUCAAGCUGGAUUGUGGGAAUGGCCGGGCCGGGAUUCGUCCCUCGGAUCCCGAGGCGCUGGCGCUGGCCCGCGCCAUCGCCCAGGGCUCCCCGGAGCUGGUGGCACUGGUGGGGGUCUACGCCCACUGCGGGAACACCUACGGCUGUCGCGACAUCCCGGCCAUCCAGGCCAUCGCCAGGGACACCACGGCCGCCGUGCUGGAAUUCGUCACCGCGCUGCGGCAGGCGGGGAUCGCGUGUCCCCAGGCCACCAUCGGCUCCACCCCGUCCUGCAGCCACCCGGUGCCGGAGAUGUCGCAGCUCACCGAGGUGCACCCGGGCAAUUACCUGUUCUACGACCUGCAGCAGACCCAGCUGGGCUCGUGCCGGCCCGAGGAGGUGGCCAUCCGCGUCCUCACCAGGGUCAUCGGCCACUAUCGCCACCGCGGGCAGCUGCUGCUGGACUGCGGCUGGUCCGGGCUGAGCCUGCACGGCCGCGACCAGGGACCCGCGGGCUGUGCUGCCAUCGAGGGCCACCCCCAGCUCCGCCCUGUGUCACAGCUCAGUGUCCCUCUGUCACAGGCCUGUGCCACGGCUGCCAUGCACCCCGUGUACUUCGUGCACGCUGCCGGGAAGGUGGUGGAGCUCUGGCGCCCCGUGCGCGGCUGGUAGAGAGGAGAGAGAGGAGAUUCCGGGAUUUCGGGGGGAUGCACCCGCAUCCAGACCCUGCACCCAGACCCUGGACCAAGACUCUGCACCCCCAGCAAGACCCUGCACCCACUCCAGGUCCUGCAUCCACAUGGGAUGCUGCACCCAUUCCCACACCCUGCACCCACUCCCACACCCUGCACCCACUCCCACAGCCAUUCCCACUCCCUGCACCCACUCCACGUCCUUGUCCCUCCACCCACGCCACGAUGCCGCGCCCACGCUGAGACCCUGCGCCACCCCCCCAGGUGCUGCACUCACACCUGGGCUCAAUAAAGCUGCUUCUCCCGCUUUCAGGCAUUUAUUCCCCCGAAGAGCUGUGGGGAGGUGGAGGGGGCAGUGGGUGACACCCUCCCUUCGGUGCCGUCGAUCCCAGUUCGGACCAGUCCGGGCCAAGUUGGACCCGUUCCAGUGGGAGAGUCCCGGGCGGGACUCGAACCUGCGACCCCCUGAGCUGCGAGGGGCCACGCCCC